AUGAGACAGGGAUAUAUGGAGGCAGGGAGGCAGGGAAACAGGGAGGCAGGUGGAGGAUUGUUUGCAAAGUUUCCUGACAUCUACGGAAGAAAGAAAAUGAUAGCGAUAACAUUAACUCUGCUGUUCCUCACUUCAAGUGCUUCAGCAUUUGCUCAAACUAAAGAGCAGUUCUUUAUACUGCGAUGUCUCAGUGGAGUCUGUAUGGGAAUUACUUAUCCGACCUGCAACAGUUUCACUGCAGAAAUAGUAAAGAGCACCCACAGAGAGGUGGGACCCAUGCUUUGUACCUUGUUCUUCAAUAUAAGUGUGUUCCUAGCUGCUGUUUUGGCCUACUUGUUUCUUAAUACAUUAGGAUGGAGGUGGUUUGUUUUCGUAAUGGCUGUGCCACUGCUAGUUUGUUUAGUUCUUCUGGUGUGUCUACUACCAGAAUCUCCACGGUAUCUAGCUGUGAGUGGUAGAAAGAAGGAGGCUAUGGAGGCCCUUCGGCGCAUGGCGAAGGUGAAUGGGGUGUCUCUUCCUGAGAACUUGAAGAUAGCUGUACGAUCAGACCGGGAACUUGGCUCAAUCUCUGACAUUUUAAAAUCAGAUUACAGGAAAGAAACCAUUCUCCUCUCCACCAUACACUUUGGGAAUCUUCUCAUACUGUUUGGGACGAUUGUAUUUGUUCCGUUGGCUCUCUAUUCUGGUUUCUGUGGAGGUGAGGGUGAUCCUCCUGUUCAUAAAUGCGUUGAAGUUCAGCAGAACUCUCUUCUUGAACUUUCCAUAGUUACCUUUGCUUGUGUUCUUUCCACUUUUGUUGGAUAUGGUACCAGCAUUAUAAUGGGCAGGUCAAUCUCACUCAAGAUAUUUGCAACUGUCAGCUUUAUCACAAGUAUAUUCCUCUUCAAGUGCUUCUCCAACUUUGUGACGGUGGGACUGUUCUUCGUUAUGAAGUUCAUGCAGGUUUCCCACAACAUGGUGACACUAAUCAUAAUACCUGAGCUGUACCCCACUACCUUCCGUAACACUGCCAUGGGUUUUAUCAACAGCUGGGGCAAGCUAGGAGGAGUGGUGGGAGCUGGGGCUGUUUACGCGCUCUAUUACUACAGCCCCAUGUUAGUGGUUGUUAUGUUCUCUGGUGCUGCGCUGAUGGUGACUGUUGCGUCGUGGAUCUGGAACAAGGAGACUAAGGUGUCUAAAGGUUACUCUCUAAAGAACAGCAAGGAUCCUAAAGUUAAGGAGGUCUACGAGCACAGGGCCAAGAAACAAGAAGGGAGCAGUUGGUGGGGUUACACCAACGAGCUGAUUGCUAGAGAAAGAGAUCUUUACUUCAGAGAGUUAGUAGGGGAAACAGUGCAAGGCAUGAUGGGCUUGGGAUCCAAGAGGAGUGUAUCCAGUGAAAAGGAAAAACUAAAAGAACUGGUAUCUCACAUCUCAGAGCAGGAUAUCCUGUUGACACUGGUAGACAAGGGAGUUCAAGGACAAUUCUUAACAUGGGAAAACACCAUGCAGCUACACUUAGGCUGGAACAACCUUAUUUACAACUACAAGAUGAGCCCUGCUCUUCUUAAGUUCCACACUUCCACUUCAAUGCAACCCAUGACGUUGCAAAUACUCCAGCAAACAUGA